CCCGAUCAAAGCCAACAUACCAUAAGACCAAAAACCCCCAUCCGCAACACACACUCUCUCUUCCGUUACCGGCGAAACUCGCCGGCGAUCUUUUUCUUGAAUCUCCGUCAACAUCAAACUCAUUUCUGUACAUCAAACUCAUUUCUGUACAUUCGUCGCAUUUUUUCGAAGCUAAAACCCUAAUCCGACCUCAAAAUGUGCCAAAUCUCUCUUAAUUACGGUAGUUGUUGAAUUGUUGCGACUAAGAGUUAUUUGUGUAUCGAUUUGGAUAUUCGAAAUCACAACUUUGAGAUUCUAAGUUCAAGAAUUGUUCUUGAAUUUGCAGUCAGUAGUCAACCGUUAAUGAUUCAGAAAUCAUCUCUUCGUUUAAGUGAAAUUCUUCUGCUUACUUGAGGGUCAAUGGCGGAUUCCGAUAACGAGUCCGGAGGCGGAGGUCACAGCCACGCCGGGAACAGUGAGCUCUCGCCGAGGGAACAGGACAGGUUCCUGCCGAUCGCGAACGUGAGCCGGAUCAUGAAGAAGGCGUUGCCGGCGAAUGCGAAGAUCUCGAAGGACGCGAAGGAGACGGUGCAAGAGUGUGUGUCGGAGUUCAUCAGCUUCAUCACCGGCGAGGCCUCCGACAAGUGUCAGAGAGAGAAGCGGAAGACAAUCAACGGCGACGAUUUGCUCUGGGCCAUGACGACCUUAGGUUUCGAAGACUACGUGGAACCGUUGAAGAUCUAUUUGCAGAGGUUCAGAGAUAUGGAAGGAGAGAGGACUGCGAUGGCGGGAAGGCAAGCAGGCGAAAACGAUGCUUAUUCCGGCGGUGGUGGAGGCAAUGGCAGUGUCGUAACUCUAGCCAACAGUGGGGGUGGUUACAACGAAGGCGGGGUGUACGGUGGGCCCAUGCAUCCUUCAAAUAUGGUCUCCAUGAUGAGCCAUCAUCCUCAUCAAGGACACGUGUACGGUCCUGGCCCAUAUAAUCAAAGGGCUGGCGGACCCAAUUCCUCAGUUUUUGCUGGGUCUGGGUCCUCUGCUGGGCUACCAAGAUGAUGGUGAUGGACGACCUAUGAUGAAAGAUGAUUCUUAUAUAGGCUUUAGAUUAGUGGGCACCCUCCACACUAUCUUAGGGCCACCUGUAGGUCCAGAAGUGUUUUGCAUUAAGAAGGGUUCCCUUCUGUCAAAAAUAGGAUUUGAUCUCAUAUAGUCGGUCACUUUGGCAUUUUAUAAUGUUGGAAUAGAUAUAUAUACAUAUAAUACAUAUAGAGUGAUUGUGUAGAUUGUUUUUAUUUUGUGUUUGGCCAAAAAAAAAAAAAAAACUAGCAGAGUGGGUUAAGCCUUUACUUGUAAGUGGCAAUCAAACCAUCAUGUGUAAUGGAGAAUGGAAAUUGCACAUUUAAAUUUGUAAAUAUGCACUCUCUCUCGAAAGUGUUUCUGAUUCUUA